AUGUACAACGACGAUUAUGAUGACGAUGGGCCGGACUUGGAGCUGCUGGAGCUGCUCAGACAGUCUCUGGGGCUUGGAGGCCGUCCUUCAAAGACGCCGCAGCCAGCAGAGACAAAAGUGCUCGAGGGUGCAAAGUACGUCUUUGACAACUCUAUCGACGUUGCUCUGGACCCCAAGGGAACCAGGCGGGCAGCUGAAACCAUCUGGAAGACGAUGCAGGAGAAGGAAUACUCGACCGAGUCGUGGUCGGCCCAUGAGCUUCACCCAAAGGCCAAAGACGAGUCCACCGUUGAUUUCAUAUUUACCAUGGACCUGCUGAACUUUAGCUUCUGGUCGGACGAGCUAGACGCCUCCAAGAGAUUCGCUGUCGAUUAUCGUGGUAGGAAGUGGACCGGAUACUGGAGUCUGGUCGCUGUCCUGCAGAGGGCCCUUGACGAAGAGAUUCCAAUUACGAGCCCUGACUUUUGGCGCGAUGAAGUUGAGUGCACCGAUGAUGUGCUGAGACACGUCUUUCGGUCCGCCACGGACGAGGAGAUCCCUCUUCUCCAGGAACGAAUCGCCUGUCUACGCGAAGCAGGAACUGUUCUUUAUGAAAAAUAUGAGUGCAGCUUCUCCCAAUGCAUUGCCGAAGCCAAUGGCUCAGCCGCUGCUUUGGUGAACCUGCUGGCGCAGAACUUCCCUUGUUUCAGAGACGAGACAGAAUUCUGUGGAAAGAAAGUUCGGUUCUACAAACGUGCCCAGAUUCUCGUGGCAGAUAUCUGGGCUUGCUUCCAGGGCCAGAGCUACGGAGAGUUUCACGACAUAGACAAGAUCACCAUGUUUGCUGACUAUCGUAUUCCUCAGAUGCUUAACCAACUUGGCUGCCUUCUCUACUCCCCGCCCCUGGAGAGUAUCAUUCGACAGCGUAAGCAGAUACCCAGCGGGCAUCAGAGAGAGGUUGAGCUCCGCGGUGCAAGCAUCUGGGGCGUCGAAUUGAUACGACGGGAGAUCCAAGAGCUUCAGCGGCAGAGAAAUGGCCACAAGGCAGAGGGUGCAAAACCUUUACAGGUCAAUGCGAUUUUGAUUGAUUUUUUAUUGUAUGACAUGGUAAAGGAUAUAGAGGUAGAGGGAAGGGAGACUAUCCCUCAUCAUCGGACAAGGAGCAUCUGGUAUUAA